AUCGUGCAGUUCACGUGAAACUUUUCACUUUUCACGUUUCUGCCCUAGGGGAAAUGUUACAUGAUAGACCCCAUGGUGUCUCUUCCCUCUCGCUUAUUUUCUGUUCGUUCGGCAGUAAAACAGGAACGUGCCAGACUGCCAGAGAAGAAGAUCGGUAUCGCUCAGUAUCGGUAUUAAGAUAUGGCGGCAACACACGAAUCAUUUAUGGAGGAAAGAUUUGUGGUAAUACUAUUUGUAAUCUCUAAACAUGACAUCGAAGCAGUUUAUGAAUAUAAUAGUGUCCAUAAAUGCAUGGAAGGUAUUUGUAAAUUGUUCGAAGACAAUCUGAAGAAUCAAAAAUUAAAUGUUCCACUUAAGGAUUCUUACUGGGGUGCGCUAUAUUCGUUCAUCGAACUAAUGGAUAUGUUUUGUUUGGUAAAACAAAAAUUAACAGAUGCCUAUAUUCCAUGUGAGAAGUACUGGAUAAAAGAAAACCUAGAUAUUUUCAAGAAAUAUAUAUUAUAAACAAAAAUGUAAUGAAAUAAAGUAAAAUUUAUAAUUAUAUAUUAAUUAGAAAACAAUGAGACUUAUAGAUCAUUUUAUUUAUUUAUUUUUAAAUCUAAGUUUAUUAUAUCUCUAAUUAAAAUAUUAUGUCAAGUAAAGUCUCAUAUAGUACAGAAUACAAAAUAACAUUUCAGCAAUAUUGCAGCAACAUUAUAACAAAUAUUGAAGUUGCUGCAACAUUAUUAGAAUGUUCUGUGUUAGAUGGAUACUUUGUAAAGAUAUUCGAGUUAAUAAAAAUACAGUCCGAACGUCUGCAAAUAGAAAAAUAUUUAACAAAAAUCAUAAAUCAGUUGGAAAAAUUGCAGUCAAAUUUGAUUAUGAUCAUUGUAAAGUCGUCUACAGAUUCGAUUUAAAAGUAAGAAUAAAAAUCUUUUUGAUUAA